CGAUGGUCCCGCAAUAGCCCAGCAGGAUAGGUAAGUCAGCUUCACAGCGCCUUGUUACCCGUGGCAGGAGGGCCAAGCUAGAUUUCGAGAGGAAUCGCAGCGUGCUCGAUGCCAUCAGGGUAAUUACGGGGCGCAUCCUCCUCCUCCUCUCAUCAGCUGUUUCAUCUCCUAUUUAUCACAACUUGGGGUUCCUAUCGCAACCGGCAAGUAGCGAGAUAUCGGAGUUAGCCGCCCAAAGCACCCGACAACCGGGUCAGCCCAUCGUUUUAACGUUCAUUCUUCACUCGUCAUCGCUGAGCAUUCGUUGCUCUCUUCAGCUCACUUCUGGCAAAGCGGCAUCCCAGCGAUCGCGAUGCCUAACGCAACGCCCUCCUCACCACCAAACAAUUUCACGUCUUCCGACGAAGCCAUUGCCUACUACAAAGCUCAGUAUGAACAGUUAGAACUGGAGUUGACCGAAUUCCAAGCUUCCAGUCGAGAACUGGAGACCGAGCUUGAGAAAGAUAUCGAAGCGUCCGAGAAACGGGAAAGGAAGUUAAAGGAGAAGGUGGAAAGCUUAGGAUACGAAGUGGAGGAAUGGAAGACAAAGUACAAGCAGGCCAAGUCGGAGGCAAACUCGGCGCAAAACACGCUCCAGAAAGAGAUAACCACCCUCCGCGAAUCGAAUCGAUCACUUCAACUGAAACUGCGUGAUAUCGAGGUUGCAAAUGAUGACUUCGAACGCCAGGCUCGUCAUACCACAUCUUCCCUCGAGGACCUUGAAUCAAAGUACAACGUGGCGAUAGAACGAGGAGUGCUUUUGGAAGAAGAGAUUAAGAAUGGAGAGCAGGAACGUGAAUCGUUGCGCAUUGAGAACCAACGCCUUCGUGAUGAACUGUCCGAUCUGAAAGUCGAAACUCACAUCGUUCAGGAGAAGCUUCGCAAGGCGGAGGGCUUCAAGAGGAGGGGCAGGGAUUUUUCAAUCUCCUCAAGCAUCUCCAUUCUACAUCCUCUCGAAGAUGCAGAGCGCUCACCGACCGCGACCUCCACGUCCUCUCCUUCUAUUGCAACCCCACCGGCAAAGUCCGUGUCCUCUGUAAAUUCCGACGCCGUCACCCCGCCUUCGCCGCCUUGCUCCGAAAGGUCCAACGACGUGCGCAAGGUGCCGGCUACUCCAACGCUCUCUCGACCAAGGACGUCCAUUUCGGAGCUGAAGUCGUUUCAGAAACCUUCUCCACAGUCACGACCCCCGCGACACUCCCGCGGGCCCCCAGUGCCUCUGACAAAUAAACAGAACACGCCGACUUUAUAUUAUCGGCGGUCGAGCACAAACCCUCCCUCAUCUAAUAAUGCGAUGCCUAAGUCUGGCUCGCUGUACCAGAUACGUGGUCUCAUCGGCAAGAUGCAAAAACUAGAGGAAAGGGUCCAUUCAGCCAGGUCAAGGCUGCCCGCACCCACUGGUACACCCCCAAAGGUAUCUCCGAGGACGAGCACAAUACUGGGUCAAACAUAUCUUCCUUCCACUGUCACAAUGAGAAAUGCAAGGAAGCGUGUGAGCAGCGGCCUUGCUGGCUCCCGGAACAGCGAUGCUACACCAUCUCGCGCCAGUCGGGGCUCAUUUGGCCUGCCACAACCAACGCCAUCUCGAUCCCGUAAUGCUGAUAGCCGGCCGAGCAGUCGCACUAGCGCGUCUAGCCGCUAUUCAGCCAGCCAGGGCUCUGGCCCUAUCCCCUUUCGUCGGUCCGAAAGCCGCCAAAGCUUCACCAGACCGCCGAUAACUUCGCAGACUCCCCCCACAGAAUCAGACGGUAGACGGCCGAGGUCGUCGCUGAGCAACUACAACCCUUCAACCAACAUGUCAUACAUAGACGAGGACGAUGCGAACAUCACGACCCCCACUCCCCGACCUAGCGGGGUCAACGGACGAGAGUUCCCACCAACAAGCAUCCCUACGCCGGCCAGCCAUAGAAAGAGGCAGAGCGGGGGAUCAAGUGUGUCCGGUAUAUCUCAUGGACGGCGUAUCAGCUCGAGUUUAGACCGCCGAGAAGGUGAAAUGCUACCACCGGAGCGGAGAAAUGAAGCCAGUGCAUUAGGAGAGACAUACUAGCUUUUAGGGUUGUUUUUUUUGCUUUGUAACGUUCACGUUCGCUCUACAGUGUGCUUUAUAU